UGAUGCAGUUCCUCCUCCGUAAAUAUCGGAUGAAGGAGCUGUUCACCAGGGCUGAAAUGCUGUCUUAUGUCAUCAGAGAGCACAAAGGGCAUUUCCGUGAGAUCUUCGGUAAGGUGUUGAAUUGCCUACAGGUGGCCCUUGGCAUUGAUUUGAGGGUAGUAGACCCCAUUCAGCACUGCUAUGUGCUUGAAACAGCCCUGGGCCUCACCUAUGAUGGGAUGCAGGAUCACGAUCAGAGCAUGCCCAAGACGAGCUUCCUGAUCAUGGUCCUGGGCCUGAUCUUCUCGAAAGGCAACUGUGCCCCUGAGGAGGAGUUGUGGGAAUCUCUGAGUGUGAUGGAUGUGUAUGAUGGUAGAGAGCACCACCUCUAUGGGGAGCCCCGGAAGCUCCUCACGGAGGAGUGGGUGCGGGAAGGGUACGUUGAGUACCGGCUGGUGCCCCACAGUGAUCCUGCUCGCUACAAGUUCCUGUGGGGUCCCAGGGCCCAUGCUGAAACCACCAAGAUGAGAGUGCUGCAGCAUUUGGCCAAGUUCAAUCAGGUGGAUCCCAGAUCCUUCUCAUCUCUGUAUGACGAAGCUUUGAGAGAUGAGAAUGAGAGGGCCCAGGCAGGGGAGGCCUCUCAGGCAGGUGGGGAUGCCAGGGGCUGAGUUAGGCUCUC